AUGGACUACUCCGGCGUUGCGGGGUGGGAAAUGACGGAGCGGCUGCAGACGCUGAGCGUCGUUGCUGAGGGCAGCCCCACCUCUGCCGCGCACUGCCCACCGGGGCCAGUCCUGAAGGAAGGUGAGGAAGGAGCCGCGCUUGGCGCUGAGGGCCGCUUGGCGGGGGACCCCGCGCCCUCACAGGGGCUUCCUGCGGAACCGGAGCCCACUGGAGCCGCGCCUGCCGGAGGCGAUGUUGAAGAGCGACGCGCGCAACCCCCCGGCCUUUGUCUGGGCCCGGUGGAGCCCCCCGCCCUGGCCACCGCGGAGCCCGGCUCUUGGGACGCGGCGGUGGAAGGGGAGCCGCCUCCGCUCGGGCCUGGCUCUGGGGCGGGAGGGGAGCCUGGUGAGAAGCCCCGCCAGGACCCUGCGGAAGGCGGAGGCAAGUCCGGCCCAGUCGGGGAAGUGGAAGAAAAGUCGGCCCCCGGUUCCAGCAGCUCCUCCUCCGUUGCCUUUCUGAACUCGAGCAACGAUCUUAAGGGUGAAGGGCUGGAUGGCGGCUCGGGUCCGGCGGCCCUAGAGACUGGGAAGGCGCCGGCAGUGGAAGUCGGCAAAGCUCCCCCGGAAUCGGAUUCUGAGACGGAAAGUGAUACAGACAGUUCAUCUUCAUCCUCCUCCUCUUCCUGUCUUCCAAUGCUGUCUGAAGAUGAUGAUCAGCAACAUAAGAAUGAAAAUUACUGUUCUAUUAGAAAAAAAGGUGGGAUGUCUGAACAGGAUCCUCUUCCUGUCGAAGAUCUGAUAAUAAUUCUACCUGAAUCUGUUGAAUUGAUGUCAUUUGGGAAAGUUUCCAGCAUCAUUGAGCAUCUAGUAAUAAUUGAGUCACAGAAAGGGCUUCCUCCAGUGAAUGAAGAAACUGUGCUUUUCAAAGAAGAUCGUCAUUCAGUAGGAAAGAUCUUUGAGGUAUUUGGUCCUGUGUCGCAUCCGUUUUAUGUGAUACAGUUUAACAGUCCUGAACAUAUUGAAUCUAAAGGUAUUAAAAUGCAUGAUCCUGUGUAUUUUGCUCCAUCGGUUGAAAGCUUCACCCAGUAUAUAUUUCCAGAAAAAUUAAAACAAGAUAGAGGAUCUGAUGCAUCGUGGAAGAAUGAUGAAGAGCCACCCCCUGAGGCUUUAGAAUUUAGUGAUGAUGAAAAAGAGAGAGCAGCCAAGCAGCAGAAGAAAUCUCAAAAUGUAAGAAGAAAGAAGUUCAGAUCACAGCAAGAGAAUUCUAAUGAGAAUGGAGUUAAUUAUCAGCCCAGACAACAAUAUCCUUUGGAUUAUUCAAGUGGAUGUAGGGGAGAACCUAACCCCACUUUCUCAAGGAGUAGAUUUCCUCAUUCAUCUGCUUCUCCACGUUUCUUUAGACAACAACCAAAGACUCGACAACGUUACUCCUCUGACUAUUCAGAACUGCGGAGCCCUUCAGCUUUUUGUCAGCAGCAGAGGCAAGAGAGUCUGAGGAGACAUCAAUAUUCCUUUCCCCCCCCAUCAUUUGAAACUGUUAGUAAUGAAGCAAAUUUCCCACCUCCGUCUGUAACAUGGGGAUGGCCUCGUGGGUGUACUCAGAAUAUUUAUGACCCAUUGUUGUCACUGCUUUCUCUACCACCACCGCCUCCGCCUCCAUUACCACCUCCAUCUGCUGCUCCUCCACCUUAGUUAGGUUGUAUUUUAAUCCUCUCAGUGAUCUGGAAACGAUCAAGUUUCUACCUGAAUGUUGUAUAUUUUGUAUUUUUCAUGUUUUUUGGUGGGGUGGGUGAGACUUUCAAUUAUGUUCAAAAAUAUAAAGUUAAAUGAGUAUUUUGUAAUAAAUCAAAGUGUACAUCUUUUUUGAGAACUGUUAAUAGAAUGUUUAGUGGUUUAUAUUGUACACUUAAAUAAUAGAAAGAUUUAAACAUGGAUAUAUUUCUUAUACUUUUACAAUAAAAGUUGUUGGAAGCAAAAUUUUUAUUGUAAAUCUUUACAUUAUUUCUAGAGCAGCAGAUCUAAACUAAUAUGUAUUUGGCAGUGUGAUAAAAGAAAAUAAUUCUAUUUGAGGUGUAUUGGUGGUUAAAAAUAUUGUCCAGCAAGAGUAAAUGUAAUACAUCGGAUUAUAUGCUCAGUGUAUCCGUUCAUGAUUCUAUGUAAAUGAAUAUGAUAAAAAAAGGAGAAAAAGCACCACUAAGUGGUGUGAGAAGAGAGACUG